AUGGACAAGACAGACUACAAUGACGAAAUGGACUCGCUUGUUAACGACAAACAGACCCACGAAGUACUUAAACGAGACCCGACACCCGCACUGCAACGCAAACGUAACAACAAACUGCUUACACUGAAGAAAACCGACAAGAUCGACUUUCGACGCUACAUCAGACUGAGGUGUAGCGUUCCGCAGCCACCCAAGCUGUAUGGACUACCAAAACUACACAAACCCAACAUACCUAUGCGGCCCAUAGUUUCUUUCUGUGGGUCCCCAACCUACCAACUGUCUAAAUACUUAACUAACGUACUGAAACCGCUGACUGACGAAUCUAGACACAAACUACAGUCUACUGAGAACUUUAUUGACGCCAUUAAGACAAUACAGAUACCAGACGACCACAAACUAGUGUCCUUUGACGUGAAAUCGCUGUUCACCAGUGUUCCACUUCAACUGGCUCUAGACUGUACUGAGAACGCUAUUAAGAACUCUACUGUUGAACUACCACUACCUACAGACGACAUUAUGGACCAACUCAACCUCUGUUUGACUUCGACGUACUUUCAAUACAAUGGCAAACACUACACACAGUUACACGGUACAGCUAUGGGCUCUCCAGUUUCUGUUGUUGUAGCAGAAAUUGUCAUGCAAAACAUCGAGGAACAAGCCCUAGCUACCUACACGUGA